UAUAUAUAUAUAUAUAUAUAUGAUCCUUGUGUUCACUAUUAUUGUUUGCAUUUGCAAUUGAUUUGACUAUCUUAUGAGAUAAUUAAUACAUGUUUGUGUGAAAGAUAGUAGUUUGACUUUAACUUGUAUUAUAUUAGGAAAAAUGUUAUUCAUUUAAAAUAAAUUUUGAAAAUUUUUAUUAAAUUUCUUACAUGGACGUGAGAUUUAUACAAAUUCACAUGUGUUUGAAUUUUAUAUCUAUGUGAGAAAUUUGAUAGAAAAUUUAAAGUUUUGUUUAGAUGCGUUUUCAAAUUAUAUUUCUAUCCUACCACUCCCACUUUAAGUCUGGAUAUGACUUUCAAAAUAGAAUUUUAUCAUAUAUCAUUCAAAAUAUAAUUUGAAAACUCAUUUGGCAGCAUUGUUUUACAUUUUUCUAUUUUCAACAUCUUCAGCCUUCUUUCUCUUUCUUUUUGAAAAACUUUCAUGUUCGUCAUCUGUAAGAAGUUUCACGUGCAAAAAGAAAUAUGUAGGUGAACUGAUCUAUUCGUCUUUCUCUCUUUCAAAGAUCAGGACUGAAUAUUCGUCACGGGUAGUGUUCUUAGAGAACUUAGAGUAUAUUAUAAAUUAUAUUUGUGAACUCGCUCCCUACUCAUGCCAUCUCUCACAAAUCAAGUGAGUUACAAUUUAUGCGUUGUGGAAGAUUUAUUUUACGGGCAACCAAACAACGAUGACACCGAGGUCAAAUUUAUCAAACUUAUUGUCGAAUCAGACGAUUAUCAAAGAGUUGCACAUUCAGUCACUGUACUCACUCCAUCACCGGUGAUAAUUAUUCAACUCUCACUAAUUUGGGGGUCUUAUCCUGUGCAUCCACACAAGGAACCCUUGACUCUGGUGAAGAAGAUGAAAUGUUUAAUAAAUUUUGGAGUCCUGAAGCGGCUAAGAGUAAUGCUGCUGAAGUCAUUCCUGUUGAUUUAUUCGGCGAUGAGUACAUGAAUCCAACGAAGGGCAAAAGUCACAAGAAGGGCCUUAUAAGCAGUCAGAUUGACAGUGGUCGUUCCAAAAAGUCACGGUCAAGUGAGUUUGAUGAUGUGUGCGCAGCUUUCACAUUCUACGUAAGGCAAAAACAUAACAUUCACAUGCAUGAUCAAAUGACACAGAGACUGUAAGUGCAGGUAGUGAUGAGUAUUCCCUUGAUACAUGUUAAGAUGCAUUGUUAGAGCAUGGGGACAUACCACUGGUGCAGUACAUUAGGGCACUGACAUUGUUUAAAGACAAGGAAUGACGAAAGUUUUUUAUGCGUACUCCUACCCAUAUGCGCCUAGCUAUGAUCCUAGUUUUGCAAUGAAGUGAGAAUUUGUGUUUUGAUUGAGUUAGCAAUUCUCAUUGUUGUUUUGCAAGAUGAUUUGAUGUUUUACAUCAAUAUGUUGUGUUAUAAACAAGAUGACUACAUAUUAAACAAAUUUUCUUCUUGUAUAUAUUUUAGUAGAAACUGGUAAAUGACUAAUGCUGACUAUUCAUGUAGUCACUUUUUAA